CCUCGGUCUUUUUUUAAAGGAUCGUUUAAAUACCCUUUUAACAUUUAAAUGGCAUUUGUGUUACAGCAUUCGUGUUAAAUACUGUGUUCGCACAACGCCAUCGAGGAAGAAUCGCUCGGAGGAACGCAGAAAAUACAUGUAUUUUCCCAGUGCGUACAUAACACCAGCGAUUCCCUCCCAAACUUCUCUUAUUUGUGUGCUCAGCUGUCAAGCGGCAGUCUCAGCUCUACACGAUCACUCGCCCUCCUAAAACAUGGCGGACGGCCGCUGCGGUAUUGACAUCAGUGUCCCGUGCUGCUGCGGAGCCAGGAAGUGCACGCAGUUAGGGUCAGAGCCAUGUGAGGGAGCUUAGGAGAGGGAGAGGCAGCGGGCGGGGAAAGGACUUGGGAGAGAGGGGUUAGAGUCCAGGAGAGCCCGGCGUCACCGAACUAGAUCAGACCGUCUCUUCCUAUUCAGCUGUGUUUACGAAGUCGGUAUUUCAUCGAGUCCUUCAUACGGAGCUGGAACGGUAACGGUGGACGGCGAUGGCGGCCGCAGCCACACUGGGGGCGAGCGAGGGGCUGGACUUCAGUCUGGCGGGCCCGGAGGACUACGAUGACGUCAUGUCCAUGUCGGAGGGCAUCUACCAGGGCAGCGACUACCUCCCCGCCCGCUACCACGCCUGGCUGAAGGAGCCCAACAGGCUCAUCUUCCUCGCCAGGAGACAGGGCAAGCUGAUCGCCCUGGAAUCCACUUUUGUGGUUGACGACGGCAAGACGGUGCUUGUGGAGGGGCUGCGGAUGGCGCAGAGCGAGAGAGGGCGCGGGGUGGCGGGGGUCGUGCAGAGGUUCAUUGACCAGUACGUCAGACGGCACUUCCCCCAGGUCAGGGUGAAAAGGCUGACCCGAGGAGAUGACCCAGGACCCGAGCAGCUGGCCAAAUACCGCCUGCUGUCCCAGCAGGCGGUGCUGUCUCUGAAGGGCGCGGCAGGCUGUUUCGAGGGGCUCGUUGCCGACUUACAGGACAAGCUGACCGCCGGGGAAGGGGGGCCCGUCCCCCAGCCCGUCGCCCUGGAGGGAAGGAACGAGCUGGGGGCCGUGCUGCUGAGCCCCCACGCCUCCCAGAACCUGCUGCGGGGGGGGCUCAUCAUCCAGGACUGGCAGCCCCUCGAACCCCUGCCAAGUAACCUGGAUGUCCUCGCGGGCAGGAGCCUGACCUGCCUGGUGGACAGGAAGGUGUGUCCCACUGGACUGAGCAUCUGCACAGCACCUUACCCCAUCCCUUAUGGGGGUGGGUCCCUGCGCCUCAAUAUUGACCUGUAUGGGACCGACCUCCAGGUGGCUCAGAGGCUGCUGACGUCCCAGCUGGAGAGGGUGAGGGGGGCUCUUAGGGGGCUCGUCAUCCUGAACAUCUACAUGCACCCGACGCUGUGGGAACCGAUGGAACGCUUCUGCCAAAACUCGGCAGGAGUUGGGAGGUUCCGGCCCCUUUGGAAGCAGGUGGCCCUGGAGAGGGAUCUGUAAGAGGAGACAGGCCCAGCGUGCUCAGAGCCAGCCUGAUGUUUUAGAGAUGCUGGCAUUCUGACCAAUUUCCUUGCAUAACUCCUUACUGAGCUUCUUCUAAAAGAAAAGAUCCUGCUUCAGACACGUGAGGCAGGGGUAGGCAACUCCAGUCCUCCAGUUCCUGAAGGUUCUCCAGAUGUCUUUCGGGUUUGCAGACGAUCCAGACCAGGAAAACACAGCUGAUUCAUCCGCUUAUCCUCUAAUUAAAUUCAAUUAAGGCCUUAAUGUCUGAGAUGGAAUGGAAACCAAAAACAAAAUAGCAAUUGAGGCCUGAAGGUUGCCUGUCUCCUGCUGUCCAAUUUAGUUUGAUUUUCACUGGGGGAAACGCGACACCAAGUGUGUGUGGCUGUUAUGUUGCGCCAAGUGGUGUUUCCAAAAAUCACAUGUGACAUUAACCACUUUCUACAUACCCGCCAUUACAUACACACCCACACUGUAGGGAUGCUGACCCUUAAAAAAAGAUUGCAUUUCUCACUGAUCAAUAAAUGGAUAGUAUGGGACGUAUACAAUGCUGCGCAAGGUUGAAAUCAUUAACAUAACUAAUAGCCAAAUCCUGUUCAUCAUAGUACAGCUGUAAAUUGUAACGCGUUUUACAGCCGUUUUUAUUAUUUUACAAUAAAGUUUAUGACACUCACUCUU